AUAACGACCUGAUUUGUGGAAGCUUCCAAACCAAUGAAAUUGGGCCACGGCUGGGACCGAGGUUAUUAAAGACGAGACGAGAUUUUGUUUUCAAACACUACAGCUACACAAAAGGGAAGAUGUCCAUCCCGCAGUGGUGGUGCCUAGCAGUCGCCGCUCUGGCAUGGACAUGCACAGAGGCCUCCUGGUCCAGUAUGUUCACCGACUUCAUACCUACGACUCCUCCAGCAACGAAGCAAAACAAUACACUCACGACUCAUGAAGGACAAUAUUACGACGCCGUGGUGGAACAGCUACUCAGCAACGUCAUGGAAGCGCAUGGUCUGCAUGACAAGCGAAGAGAGAAGCGGAGCACGGACGAUUUUUCAAUUAAAGACACAUUCGGUGCCCAUAGACUUCAGUUCUUGAUACCGGUAGUCACCCUUUGCGAGCAACAGAUAUUUUCUAGUCUUCUGCAAUAUGACAACAAGCUUUUCGCUGUCUGCAUUUCUGUCGCAACACGCCAUGCACCUCCAACCUUAACAGUUGGCUUUUUAGAGGGGAACUUGUGGAAACCGCUGGCAAGUACCAAAUGUGUGGAUCCUAUCAUGGCCAUAGCAUUUGUCUUCAACAAUAAACUGUACAUCGUCACGGCGGACGCGGGAUUAGAAAAUGGAGCGGAGCUCAUGUUUUUCGACAAGGACACUCGAAAGAUAUACAUCGAUCAUACCAUCCAUAGCGUUCGACCAACCGCUCUUGCCUUCUGGAAGAUGCAAUCUACGGGAGAGUAUAACAUGGCGUUAGCGAACUCUGGGAAGGAGGUUUCGACGUCAGUCUACAGCUGGAAAGCCACUUACUUCGACAAGUAUGCUACAUUAGAAAGCAAGGUUGUCCGUGACUUGGAGCCCUUCGCCAUUCACAGUGCAGACUUCCUAGUCGUGGUCAACCAGAGGUUUUCGGAGGACGCUGCCAAAGUCAGCACAAUCAUCUACAAGUACGAUCUCUCUCAAAAUGCAUGGAAGACUUUUCAGCAAAUCCCUACGUUCGCUGCGAUGGAUGCAGAGUUCUUCUCUAUGGGACGCCAUCCCAACAGCAAGGAUUUCUUUCUGGCAAUUGCAAAUCAUUAUGAACAAGUGGACAGGCAGCGAAACUACGCAGUGGAUUCUAUCGUUUACAAAUACGUGGAAGGUAAAUUCGUGCCCUUCCAAUGCCUGCACACGACCGGAGCGACCAAGAUCGCGGCUUACGAAGGCCAAGCCGGGGAGUUCCUCUUGGCUGUGGCCAGUCUAUAUGAGCCUGUACACUUGUACCAGUACAACGGAUGGCGGUUCGUCUUGGCUAACGUACAGUACACCCGAGCUACAAUGAGUCCUGGAGUUCGACACGUCCACUUUUACCGUGGUCCGUACAGCAAGGAGGUCUUAAUGGGUGUGUCCAACCCAAGCGCUGAGGGUCCAGGACUAUACAAAGUAACCUUCUACCACGACGACCAAAUUGAGCGUUGGUACGAAGACAGCCUCAAGUGGUGCCACGACUCCAGGGCUUUAUCGACGGAAGACACCGCAGCGAGCUUGGUGUCUCAGCUGGACGGAGUGUUCUACACAGACCGCACCGAAUCCAUCCAUCUCGUCGGAGAGGUGGUAUUUCAAGACCUACAGGUCGCUCACUCAAUCAGAGCACCGGAGUUCCAAGAACUUGCUACUGGAGAACGCUACAGCAUGAAGAACUUGAGAGACCUAGAGAACCUCGAAAUUGAGCUGCUUCAGAUGAAAGACACGAUAGAACGUCUGAUCAGCGACCUGGAGAACGCGCUCAAGCUCACUGGCGAUCAAUUGCUGACUGGUGAUUACCACUUGGACAAUCUCCAACUGGACUGCGCAGAUUGCCAUCUCGAGACUACCUACAUGAACAAGGAGGACGUAACUAACUUGCGGGGAAGAUUAUUUUUUACUGACGCUCCAACUUCGGUCAACGUGCCAAUGUCAUUUCAAUAUUUGACGGCGCCCAAGUUAGCCGUUGACGGUACAGUGAAUGGCAUGAAUACGUCAAAGUUGGUCACGUUGUCUGAGAAUCACGUACUCACUGGAAACCUGCGUUUCGCAACUCCGGUCUUUACCAAGGAUGUCUCCCUGUCUGGCCUUCUGGGAGGACACACAUUUUCCUCGCAACAUUUUAUGCUCACCCAAGGUGACCAGACUGUUACGGCUGGAUAUGCGAUACCAGAUACCAGCGUCCACGCUCUUCAGGUGCGAGGCUUGUGCAAUGGAAUUGACUUCAACAAAUUUUAUGCCACUGCCCUCACCACCAACGGGAAUCAUUUUGUCAGCGGCCACAAGACUUUCCAGCAAAUUGCAGUGAACGGCAUUCUGCACAUGGAUAAAGGUGGAUUGCUCAAUGGAGCAGACCUCGUAGACCUUUGGAAGAAUGUUAUGUGGACACACGGCGACCAGAUAUCUCUCGCGAUUCACAACUACAGUAAUGCUCGCUUCAUCGAAAUGAAGGUAGAUGGCACCGUAAAUGGCCUCCAGCUACCGGGCCCCGACACUGUGCUUAUCCACCAGAACGUCAAUAUUCCUGCGGAAAAGGUUUUCCUUAGAGACACUUACAUCAAAGAGCUCCACGUUAACUGGGCAAUAAACGGUAUCAGGCGCUUGAAAGACACCGCUUCAGAUUGGAGGGGACAACUGGACAUUCUUGUGAAGACCCCAUCCCAGAUAAUACCGGGUCGCAAGACAUUUAAGUCGAUUGUGCUAAACCAGCAUAGCGCCGUUGGAAGAUUUGUCGAUGGCGUCGACCUAUCUGAACUGGCCGCUCUCAUGCGCACGAGACGCACUCCAGUCAUGAACGGUACCUGGACGUUCGAAGGCAAUGUGGUCUUUAAGGACAGGGUCCUUUUGGGUGGCUUCGUCAACGGACGUAGAUUAGAUGACUUGUACGGGCGUGCACUGCGCUUGGACGCCCCAGUGUUCCCCAACCGUGAAAGGGUCGUCUUCACGAAAAACCUUCUGGCGAAGGACGUUCACUGCCGAGAUGUGAACGGUUUCCACGUACCAUCGUCCUUCGUGCUACGUCACGGACCUAAAGUGAUGAGUGGAGAGAAAGGGUUUCACCAUCUUGGCUUUACCGGUGACGUCAAAGUAAAGGGACUCGUCAAUGGUGUUGACUUGGGCGUCAUCAACGAUACCCUCUUCUCCAGAGGAAAUCAGGUCGUUAAGGUGCCAAAGAUCUUCAAGCAGAACGUUCACAUCAAACACUUGAUUGUGAGAAAAUCAAUCAAUGGAGUCAGCAUCGCGGAGUUCUGUCGACUGAAUGAGGUCUGCGUUUUCACGGCUCCCAAGGACUUCGAGUCAAUCACAGUAAAAGGCGGUGUAGCUGCUCAUAACCUAAUCGCACGUGCUACGCUGAAUGGCAUUUGCGUUUCAGAACUUUUCCGAGACACUAUGCUUUACUCUGCUCCACAAACAAUCCGAGGACACAAGAUAUUCGCAAACCUCACCAUACCUCGCAUGACAAAUAUCCAAACCAGCAACUUCUCUGGGUUCAAGCUUGCUCAACUCUACGCCGACGCUGUCCUGCUUAACGCUGAUCAAACAAUCACCAGUAAAAAGAUCUUCAAGGCCCCUGUCAUGACUCGCAACUUCCAGUUCCAUUCUCAACUGGACGGAAUUUCUCCAGAGGACCUCAGGGACUGGAUGCUUCAAGGCAUCGACCAAACAGUUUUGGCAGACCUCAUCUUCCAGGGAGACCUCGAAACCCUCGGCGACCUCAAAGUACAAGACACUAUAAAUGAAGUAGACCUGAAAGCCCUCGUAAGCAGGAUUGCGUUCAAGAACGAACAAACAACGUUUACGGGACCCGUGCACUUUGGCUUCGUAGCAAGCAUGGGAGACGUUAACGUCACCGGCACAGUACAAGGCAUAGACGUCUCCGAAGAAGUUGUCGACAAAACGAGAGACGUGGUUGUUACUGGACGGAAGUAUCUCAAGAGCGGCUUCGACGUCGGAGGUGAUAUGUGGGUGGACGGAUUCUUGGACUCUGUCAAGGUUGAAGACCUGUGCGCCAAAGCUGUGACAACGGGUGGCAGGAAAAUAGUCACAGCGCCGACAACGAUUGUGGGAGAUGUGACGUUCCAUGAUGGAGCUCAACUUGGUGGAUACCUGGCAGGUGUUAAUGUUAAAGAAUUACAAUAUUCGUGCCUCAAACUGAGCGGAGGUGUUGCAACGGGACCCAAAUACUUCAAGGAACUUGUCGUAGAAGGACCACUAUCUCUGAGAGGGAGCCUUAAUGGAAGGAACCUAGACUACAUGAAGCAGAACCUCAUGAGCCUCACCCAUGACCAAGUUGUUUCAGCGAAGCUCAAGAUGCUCAAUAUGGAUGUUCGAGGACCUCUUCGAACCAGAGGAUUCGACACGGCUUCGGUGAACGGCGUCAACCUACCACGCUUCGUGAAAUCUGUCUUAAGGACCAUGGGGAAUCAGGUGGUCGUUGCUCCUUGCCAAUUCGUCAACGUAUCCUUCGGCGAUGUUACCGUCCGUGGUUCCGUCAACGGCGUCCGCUUACCAGAUGACAUCCUGACCAAGUCCCGAGUCAAUGUUGUAGCCGGACCACUAGAGAUCAUAGGCGAUGCCACUGUUACGGAAGCCUUGACUAUGCCUGAAUCUGCCCUUCUACAAGGAGUGGAUGUCUUGUCGUGGGCCAGAGAUGCCGUUCUCAACGACGGUCGCGAAUAUUUCAUAAGAGGCCGAAAAACUUUCAACAAUCUCCAUGUUGCCGGUGCACAGGUACAUGGCCAAGUGGACGGUGUGACUGUAUCCCCUCAGGAGCUCCUACUGACGACUGGGAACCAGAUUAUCACCGGCAGAAAGAUUUUCAAACAUGACCUAGUGGUUAAUGAGAUUCGCACGUCAGGUCCCGUCAAUGGGAUUAACAUUCAAGAUUUCGUCAACAGCGCGAUGCUGAAGAGCAGACCGAAUACUGUGACAGCGCCGAAGAUAUUCUUCGGGGGAUUCAAAGUUCUGUCUCUGCGGACCAUGGGCAGGAUUGGCAAUGUCAGCGUGGAUCGGCUACGACUGACUCCUCGGUCUGUCGGAGCACUGCAGCCCCUGAAGCAGCAGCUCCACAUCCAUGGCGAACGUAUCGCGCAGUUCGAUAGAGCGUUCAAAGACCAAGCCAUCCUGGUGUCCUACUACUACAAUGUAUUCGCUUUCACUGUGGGUGCUUCACGGUCCAUGACCUACGCACAGCUUGUAAGCAGCCCCGAAGACCUGAUACUUAUAAGUUUAGGAGGUAACAACGAUGCUUGUAGCACGAUGAAAGUUUUUAUGAUGCCUCGGAAUCAGGUUCGCCUCGCACACGUACACUUGGACAUUCCGAUCGCGCAAGGUUCAUCUAUUCACCACCUGUCCUUACCAAGCACGGACUUUAUUGUAGUUGUUAAUAAGAACAGUGCGAAGGCGUGUUCUGGUUUCAAGCCUACAAAUCGAGUCCUCGGAGAUGGCGACGGGUCGUUGGAGAUCUUCCGUUGGAACCCACAGCAAAAGCGUGCUGAGCUGUACCAAGUGAUCAAGUUGGCCGCCUUGCGCAGCGUGUCUGUCUUCCGUCAAGAUGCAUCUUCCUGCGUUGCCGCCAUCGCCGACGACUCCCUCAAAAUUAUUUGCAUCCGGAACCCUUCAGAGGGAUUCAGACUAGUGCAGAACUUGCAGAUUCACUACAGCACAGACGUUUCUGCAUAUCGCUGUCCAACAGACAGUUCUGUGCUCGUUGCUGUGUCUGCUUCUCAGCUAGGGCAGUACGACAAACUGUUCAUCUACCACUGGUCUAAUAGUGGGCUGAAGAAACUGGCCAGUAUCCCAUUUGUUUCAGUCAGUUCCAUCGCUACAGUCGGCCAUGGCGGGAACUGCUUUGUCAUCGUCGGACAGAAUCAAGUUGGCGGUUCCCAGUUGCCAGUCUCUGUUUACAGGUACGUCCACAACGAACCUCAGAAGAUAUUUGAAACUCAGAAACUGAUGGCAGGCGACGUCAAAGGCAUGUCUUGGAUAAAAUCUCCUGAUGGGAAAUCACCCUUGCUCUUCGUGCACUUGGAAGGCGGAGAGAAGAACCUCAAAGUGUUUUCAUUCAAGGGUGCAUCAGGUUUUGUCCAGGUGGACGCCCUACAAUUUCAUGGCAACUUCCAUGAUGUCCGUGUCUUCAGAAGAUCGGAUGGCCAUCACUUGAUCACAAUGUCCGGAAACGAAGACGAGCCGUCGGCUGUUGUACUCAUCUCGAAACUCAAAGGGAAACCUUCCAACUGACGCAGUUUUGCUUUGUUAUAUCUUAUAACCCACCGCAUUCGUAUACGCCUUUGGGUCAUCCCGGGAACAACGUUACUUAUACAGAAUAUAUUUUUAUCAAAUGUC